AUGUCCUUGCCAUCUGAACAUGGUCCAAGAGCACCGCCGCCUCGUUACAUAUGGGAAAAGCCGGGAUCUGAUACAAGGAGACCCUCAGAAGCACGAGUCAAGGAUGGGGACGCGUAUAUGAGUGGAGGCCCUGACCGUCGCCACUUAACCAUCUCUACGUCUUUUCUUGACGUCCCCCGACAACGCUCUGCACGGCACUCGGACUCGUCACAGGGCCCGUCACCUCUUCUCGGUCCUGAAGAGCUAUCGCCUUUUUCGCGCUCACCAUCUUCUGAAGACGAACUAGAGGACGACAGUGCCAGUCCGCCACCACUCUCAAGUUAUCCAGCUUCCCCGGUGGACGCUCCACCUUCCACAUCUCCGAUGGUCAUGCCACCAACCAGCAGGACGUUUGCCAUGAGUUCCUUGAAUGGUCCUUUUCUGCACAACAGGCUACCGCCUCUCCAAUUGCCACCGUCAAACCCUGGUUCGGGUUCCGAGCUAAGCCCGCAGGCGUCUUCGCUCUCACCGCAUUCCCGGGGCGCAAAUCCUCCUUAUCCUUCCCCCACGACGCGCCGGGAAUCCGUUGCCACUCAGAGUCCCCAAUCGCCGUACUAUGAAGCGCAUGGUGCUCUCGUCUACAGCCACACCUCCGGCAAUCCCGCCUUCUCGCCGCUGUCUCCCCUACCACCUAUCAGGGAGAUUAAACGAGAUACUGUUACAACCACUGCCACGCAGGCCGCCAGUGCGAACAGGCGUCGCAAUGAAGCUCACUUUUUGUGCCCUGUACCCGGCUGUGGGAGCACCUUCACCAGGAGGUUUAAUCUCAGAGGACACAUGAGGUCGCAUCUGGAAGAAAGACCGUUCGUCUGCGAAUGGCCUGGGUGCAAUAAGUCGUUUGCGCGACAGCACGACUGCAAGCGCCAUACCGCACUCCACACCAUGAAACCCAAGAAUAACGCAUGUCGAGGAUGCGGCAAGUCCUUUAGUCGCCUGGACGCUCUGAACCGCCACUUGCGGUCUGAAGGGGGCGCCGAUUGCCGUCUCGCGCUCGGGCAAUCACUACCGUCACUUUCUGCGGCGCUCUCCUCCGGGAGUUCUGACUAUGCGGAGCUCAUGCAAUCCGCAACUUCAUUCCAGGGGCCACCUCCCGUGCUCCUGUCUUCUGAUCCUCACCGUCCGCAUUUACACAGGGUCAAAACAGAACCAGCCCCGGACGACGAUCUCACGCUUGCACCUCUCUUGUCGCCACUGGGAGAUCGCAGCGGCCCUGCAUCCGCAUCCAGUGAUAGCGCGACAUCAACCACGACGAUAUCUCCUGCCACCAGUCCCUCAACUGCCCUCACCGGAUCCCCAACCUCGUCAUUCUCUCAGCCCAGGAAAUAA